GUAAGCCGGGGGGAAGAAGCUAUGGCUUACUGUUAGAUAUCCAAUAAGCAUUCUAGUUGUAGAACAUGGUCAAGUGUAUACAAAUAGAUCCUGUGUCAAGAGAAGCAACUUCUGAAUUUGUUCUUUGCAUUUUCAAGGGUUUUCUUCUUCAGUUAAUCACAGAAUGCUAAUUAUAUUAAACACGACGUCACUCUAUUUCUUGAAAUACUUCCUUCAUUUGGCUUUCAGUGAAGCUACCCUUAUUUCUUACUGGCUAUUCCGUCUCCUGUCAUUCACUCAGCUCUGUGACCUUGAACAGGCAACUUAAUCUCUCUCGGCCUCAUUCAUACCGGUAAAGGCCGUUUUUGGCAUAGUCAUCACUCACUUAAUGGGAGUUAUAUACUAGUCGUUGUUAUUAACUACCACAAAGUUUCAGCUCCGCGCGUCGGCGUUUGCCCGGCCUUUUGUGGUGGCGAACCCACCACACCUCAGAAGAGGGCGAGCAGAGUCGGGAAUGCAGUAGAGAGGAAAUGGGCGACGCUUUCCACGCCCGGAGCUGGGCUGGCAGUCCGGGUGGACGUCCCUACGCUCGCGCGCAGUUCAGCACCCGACAACGCUAAGAGAAUGGAGGCGGUUACAAUCCAUGCAAAGCUCCCGCCGCCUUCAGGGAAGCGGAACCCGUGACACCGCCCAGCCACUUCCGCUUUGGCGUACUUUCCCUUCUGUCCUCUAACUGCACUUUCGAUAAAAAAUAUGCAGCCUAUUAUUUCCCUCUGGCGCCUCUAUAUUUUCUUCUUUUUCCCUUCUUUAUGACUCUGCUGAAGAUAAAAAUUAAGCUGGGAGCUAUUAGAGACAGACGUGGCUAUGGAAAAGAGAAGGCGAGCGGACGGGGCGAAAGUGCGUGUUCCGAGCACCUGCGCCCUCGCUUCUCCUGCCGGAAGUUGCAGGGCUGAAUGGGUCCCGGAGCCGGCGGCAGCAGCUCCUCUGUUUCCAGCCGAGGUUUAGCGGCUGUUCGGCCGCCUGUCUCCUCAGCCGCUGGGCUACCAGGUUCAUGUGGAGGCUCCCAGGCGUCCGCGCCGCGCUUCGUGGAUUCCGCGCGGCCGUAGAGCGGUACAAUCGGGCCGAGGCGGCAACUGAGACGGCGGCGGGCGUGAUGGAGCGCGCUGUAGUGCGCUGUGUGCCCUCGGAGCCUAAGCUAAGCCUGUCGUUCGCGCUGGCCGACGGCAGCCACAAGAACAUGCAGCGCGACCAGAGCGAGCCGCUGGGUCGGGCUCUCAGCCGGAUCGCCACCAACGCCCUUAAAGGCCACGCUAAGGCGGCUGCCGCCAAGAAGAACAGGAAGAACCGGCCCAACGCAAGCGUCAGCGGGGCCUGUGUGGGGCCUGGGCCCGAGCCGGCUGCGGCCUGCGAGCCGGUGGUGAAGCUAUACUACCGGGAGGAAGCCGUGGCUGAAGACGUGCUCAAUGUGGACGCCUGGCAGGACGGCGCGGUGCUGCAGAUCGGCGAUGUCAAGUACAAGGUGGAACGCAACCCACCCGCCUUCACCGAGCUGCAGUUGCCACGCUACAUCAUGGCCGGCUUCCCCGUGUGCCCCAAGCUCAGCCUCGAAUUUGGGGAUCCCGCCGGCUCCCUCUUCCGCUGGUACAAGGAAGCCAAACCCCGAUCGGCGGAGCCUGAGGGCGGGGGCCCCUCGUCUUUGUCUCCCUCUUCACCCUCUCCUCGGUGGACGGAAACGGGUAUGGAAGGGCGCGUCUACACCCCGUCCAAUGCCGACAUCGGGCUACGGCUCAAGCUUCAUUGCACCCCAGGCAAUGGGCAGCGCUUCGGGCCAAGCCGAGAGUUGGAAAGUGUGUGUCCAGUGGAGGCCGGGCCCGGCACUUGCACCUUUGAUCACCGGCAUCUCUACACCAAGAAGGUGACGGACGACGCUCUCAUCCGCACGGUUUCCUACAACAUACUAGCUGACACGUACGCCCAGACUGAGUUCUCGCGGACGGUCCUGUACCCCUACUGUGCCCCUUACGCCCUGGAGCUCGACUACCGCCAGAACCUUAUCCAGAAAGAACUCACCGGCUACAACGCCGACGUCAUCUGUUUGCAGGAGGUUGACCGCAACGUGUUUACUGACAGCUUGGUGCCGGCCCUCGAGGCCUUUGGGCUGGAGGGCGUGUUCCGAAUCAAGCAGCAGGAAGGCCUAGCCACUUUCUACCGAAAGUCCAAGUUCAGCCUCCUUAGCCAGCAUGACAUUUCUUUCCAUGAAGCCCUGGAGUCCGACCCACUUCACAAAGAACUGCUGGAGAAGUUAGUUUUGUACCCAUCGGCGCAGGAGAGGGUGCUCCAGAGAUCCUCUGUCCUUCAGGUUUCUGUUCUUCAGUCUACAAAGGACUCUUCUAAAAAGAUAUGUGUUGCUAAUACCCAUCUCUACUGGCAUCCCAAAGGUGGGUACAUUCGUCUCGUUCAAAUUGCGGUAGCCUUGGCUCACAUUAGACAUGUCUCAUGUGAUCUGUAUCCUGGCAUACCAGUUAUAUUUUGUGGGGACUUUAAUAGUACCCCGUCAACAGGAAUGUAUCAUUUUGUCAUCAGUGGCAACAUUCCAGAGGAUCAUGAAGACUGGGCUUCCAAUGGUGAAGAGGAACGCUGCAACAUGUCUCUUACCCAUUUCUUGAAACUGAAAAGUGCUUGUGGUGAACCUGCUUACACAAAUUACGUUGGCGGCUUUCAUGGAUGUCUGGAUUACAUUUUCAUUGACUUAAAAGCUUUAGAGGUUGAACAGGUGAUUCCACUACCUAGUCAUGAAGAAGUUACCACCCACCAGGCCUUACCUAGUGUUUCCCAUCCCUCUGAUCACAUAGCACUUGUAUGUGAUUUAAAAUGGAAAUAGAUUUGUGUUUAAUGGAAUUUAAGUCUGCUUUAGUAGGAAAUUUAAUACAAAUCAAAGUUUAUGUGUAACCUUCAAAAAGGAAAACUAGACACUAAGGUAAAAUGUUCUUACCCUACUAGUUAUGUUCCAGUGUCUUCAUUACAUGAUUGUUCAUAAUCUUUGCAUAACAUAGUUUCUCUACCCUUUUUUUCCCUACACUUGGAGGAAAAACAAAUAUAUUUAUGACUGGCAGGAAGAACAUUGAAUUAUUGUGUACAUUUUAUAAGUACUUUUUUUUAGCUAGUAAUUAAGAAUUUUAUAAAAAAAAAACAUUUGAAUUAUGCUCUAAUUUUUCUAUCAUAACACACAUUUCAAAUUGAAUCAUGUUUAUAUAAUUACGGAAAAAAUACAAGUUAAGGUGAGAGGCCUAAGUUCUGACACAUGAAAGGAAUAACAUUAGGGUCUACCUCUACCUCAGUUUGGUUAGCGAUUUAAUACAACUUCAGAGCUUUAACAAAAGAUUCAAAUACACCAUCACCAAUUGUUAUUGCUUCCCAUCUUUCAUUUUUGAAUUAACAUAUUCUCAUUCUCUUAUUUUUAGGACUAUAGUUUUUAGUGUAUGGUACAUAUGGACAUACUUAUAGUAUUCUCAUUCUUACUACAGCUCAUUUUAACUUUUAGGAUACAAGCACAACUUAGUAUUCAAAGUAAUAGCAACAAAGUCAACUUGAUCCCAUUGUCUUUAAUAACUCUUGCCCAUGAAAAAUGUUCAUAAAUCAACAGUGUAUUUGACCAUGUGAUAUUUGAGAAUAUAGCACAAUACAUUAAGAGAAACUACCUACUGAUAUGGGCUUUAAAUUUUGGAUGAACUACUGAGCAUUUCUAUACUAGAGGUAUUUUUGAAAUUGUUGGUUUUUAUAAAGAGGAGAAAAGGAAGUAGGUGGCUUUUGAGCAUCUCUGAAAUAAACAACUUCUUUUAUAGAUUUGAGCAUUAUAGUUUGAGUUACAGGGAAACACUGUAUAUAUAAUUUAUACACUAAAAAAAUUUUAACACGAAGCCAAAUUCUUUAAAAUUAGAAAUUCCAGUCUUACUGAACAGGAUCUAGACUAGAGUACUAACCGAACUUCUAACUCAAUUAUCACCAUACCAAAUUUAUGUUUUAGCUGCUGCUUUUUGAUGUUCUGGAUAACUGUAAUGUAAGCUCAUUUCUGCAUUUCAUUUCUAGCUUAGAUAUUAAAAGCCCACCCACUUCAGAAAGAGCUCUGAUUUUCCAGUCAUGAGAGCCUUUGUUCCACAUUCUGUUAUCUCUAAACCUAACACCGUAAGAACUUUCCUCUUUUGAUAAAGUAGCCUCUACUUUCAUAUUCUGCUCACUAUCCAAUCAAUGUAUUAUUAACUCUUAGUUUAGUAAGUUUGAGAAUGUGAGAGGACUUUUACCUGCACUUCAGAUUGAACCUUGAAGUACUUAAGUAUGUGAAGCGAAAAGUUAAUGUGGCAGUUUCUUGGGAUCUUGUUUAGAAAAAGCUGUAAAUGAAAAAUUGAUGAUACCGAAUUGUGCUUUCCUAAAUACCAUUUUGAAAGCAUUUUAACAUUAGUUUACAAGUCAUAAAUAUUAAAAAUCCAGAAUCUGAUUCUUUUGCAGAAUAUUUUUUUUCUUUUUAAAACUUGGUUUUGGUCUGCUUUCAAACAAAUAUGUUGAUAGGACUCUUACAGUAACUGAGAGAAAACAGAAAGCUUUUAAGCAAAACGUUGAGAAACAUCUUGGGAAAAAAAUUGUAACAUGACAUACUUAUGCCCAUAAAGAAAAACAUGGGUUCUAUAUUAAUAACAUGGCUAGCUAAAUUGAACUCUGUUCAGAAAAACUCUUAAGCACUUACCAAGCAUUCCACAUCCAAAAUCUUUAAAUUUGUUAUUUGCUGACUAAACAGUGUGAUCAGAUUGUAUACAGGCAUUUCAGAAUAUUAGAAUAUGGAAUAUUAUGAAGUGCUAUACACUCUGGUUAAAUUUUCAGUAUACAGAUAUGUUAGUAUGAUUGCAGCCCAAAGGUAAGGAACACUAAGAAAACUGAAUAAAUAGCAUACCAAAAUUUCCUUGUAUUCAUGAGUUAGAAUAAAGUGGUAUUCAGAAAUGUAAUUUUAAAGUAUUUAAAGCCAUCUUUGUGACUGAAUUUUUUUAUUACAUUUGGAUUUUUAGUACAUUUAAUUUUAAUAAAAUACGAAGUCUAGCAACUCUAUGAUGAACCACAUUUUAUGCUGUCACAAGUUCUUGCUGUAGGAAUUACAGCAAUAUAAAAUUCCAAAAUUUUAUAUUGGUUAUAAAUGACUAAGAAUAUUAUAGAACACAUUAUCCUGUUCUGAGAACUCUUGCACAGUUGCCACUACAGACGUAUACACUAGUAGUUCAUAACUUAUUAGCAAACAAAUCAUUUCUGGCUAUAAUGUAAUGUUUAAAAUUCUGAAUACUAAAAUCAGUUGUUUCAAAAUUCCAAGAAUUUCACUGGGUGGUAACUUUUCUGAGAACUAAAGCCUUAUAUCAGAAUGUGAUGGUUUCAGUGUGGAAGUAGAUCUCUGAAGAACUUGAUACAGGGAGAGAGGGUCCAAAAAACACUACUGUGGGAAGGUCUUCCUGGUGGAAACUGACACCUUUAGCUGUCAUAUUCUCCAGCUGUGAAAGAGGCACAGGUUCCAACAAACUACUUUGAGACAAAACCAAAACCAAAAUAUAAUGAAAGUUAAAAGUUUACUAGUUUAUCAUAAGAUUCAUGUGACAAUUCAAUAGGGAAAAUCUUUCCUUUAUAAAAUUAUAGCCAACACUCAUUUUCUAAAUAACUCAAAAACAUUUAAGUGUUUUGAAAUAUUUAAUAUUUUGCCCAAUACAGUACUAGAAGGAAACACUAUCUAGAUUAGAUUUCAUUUUCGGAGAGGAAACAACUUUAAGAGCUUUAACUGAUUGGUAAUACUCCAAUUCUGUGGUCCCACUUUAUGAGAAAGUCCAUGCUUUAAUUUAUUGAAGGUGUUAGAGCUGUAUUAAUUUGGGUGAUUUUUAUAGCACUAACUACAGAAUAACAAUACUACCUUCUGAGAUGAAAAUACCAAAGCAUUUUUUUAACUGAAGUGAAAUUCACAUAAAACUAACCAUUUUAAAGUGUAUGAUUCCAUUGCAUUUAGUACAUUCACAAUGUGAUACAAUCAUCAUCUCUAGUUCCAAAACUUUAAUCGCCCAAAAGGAAACUCCUAUCCCAUUAAGAAGGCUUUCCUCAUUCUCUCCUCCCCUCCAGCCCCUGGCAGCUACUGAUCUUUCCGCCUCAAUGGAUUUCCCUAUUCUAGAUAUUUCAUACAAAUGGAAUCAUACAGUAUAUGACCUUUUGUGUCUUGCUUCUUGAACUUAGCACAAUGUUUUUAAGGCUCAUCCAUUUUGUACUAUUACUUCAUUCCUUUGUAUGGCUGAAUACUAUUCCAUUGAAUAUUUAUACCACAUUUUGAUUAUCCAAAUGGGCAGUUGGGUUGUUUCUACCUUUUGGCUAUCGUGAAUAAUGCUGCUAGGAACAUUUGUGUACAAGUUUUGUUUUGAACACCUGUUUUCAGUUCUUUCAGUUAUAUAUCUUAGGGUAGAUUACUGGGCCAUAUGGUAAUUGUUUAACUUUUUGAGAAACUGCCAAAAUGUUUUCCACAGUGGCCACACCAUUUUACAUUCCUAC